AUGUCCCAACUUUUCAGCCUGUUGAAUUGCCUAUUACAAUUGGUACAGUUGGCACAACUGGCACAGCUGGCGACGGCAGGCCAAACGCAUGAGUACAACUUUACCACUGGUUGGGUACGAAAGAAUCCGGAUGGGAUGCAGGAAAAGCAGAUGAUUGGUUUCAACGGCAUGUGGCCGAUUCCAGAAAUACAUGUUAAUAAAGGUGACCGACUCAUAGUACGGCUUACGAACGGGUUUGAAGACAUGCCCACUUCGCUGCAUUUCCACGGGUUUUUUCACAGGCAAUCAGACGAGAACCGGAACCAGAUGGAUGGCCCACAAAUGGUGACGCAGUGUCCCAUUAUGCCUGGUGACACAUUUGUGUACAACUUUACGGUCGUCAAUCAAGUGGGUACCUACUGGAUUCACUCUCAUUCCGGUGCUCAGUACACAGACGGGAUGAGGACGGCACUCAUUGUGCAUGACGAAGACGAGCCGUUCGAAUAUGAUCAAGAAAUGGUCAUCCAACUUAGCGACCACUACCACAAGCCUUAUUACGAAGUCGUAGACGAGUUCCUCAGCAGGUACAAUCCCACCGGCGCUGAACCUAUUCCACAGAACAUUCUAUUCAACAAUACCGUCAACGCUUCCAUCAGCUUUGAUCCUGACACCGUCUAUCUCUUGAGGUUCAUUAAUGUCGGGAACUUUGUGGCACAAUACGUGUAUAUGGAAGACCACGACUUUACCAUUGUGGAGGUAGACGGUACAUACGUGCGACCAAACACGACGAGCUUACUGUAUUUGGCUCCGGGUCAAAGAACAUCGGUCCUGGUCCACUCCAAGUCACAGAGCGAUAAAAACUACGCGCUCAUGCAAAUAAUGGAUGAAACCAUGCUCGAUGCAGUACCUGACGACUUAGUACUGAACAGAACUAAUCAAGUGCUUUACAAUAAGAGUGCGCCUGAAGCCGGCGAGUUCUUCAUCAACUCUUUUGAGGAUGCCACCAAUGAUUUUUACUUGACCCCUUUGUCGGGGACAGAAUUGCUCCCUGAUUACGAUUAUCGCAUUACGCUUGACGUAAAGAUGGAGAAUUUGGGUGAUGGUGUGAAUUACGCUUUCUUCAAUAAUAUCACAUAUGUGGCACCAAAGGUUCCAUCUUUGAUCACGGCAGUUACUGCUCCAAAGCAUCUAGUUAAGAAUCCAUCCAUUUACGGCGACAAUGUAAACGCAUUUGUCCUGGAGUAUGGUGAAAUUGUCGAGGUUGUUUUGAACAACUAUGAUGAUGGUAGACACCCAUUCCACUUGCAUGGACACAGUUUCCAAAUAGUUCAGAAAUCUCCCAGUUUUGCAGAAAGUCCUGAGGGCAAUGGUGAACCGGGUUCUCCAACUCCCUAUAAUGAAAGCGCGCCUCUGAUGAAAUUUCCGGACAUACCUAUGCACAGGGACACGGUCAUUCUAGAGGGUAAUGGUCACACUGUGCUCCGGUUUGUUGCUGAUAAUCCCGGCGUCUGGUUAUUCCACUGCCAUGUUGACUGGCAUCUCGAGCAGGGCCUUGCAGCUCUCUUCAUCGAAGCGCCCUUACUAUUGCAGGAGAAAGAAGAUUUUACAGAAAAUUACCUACAGGUUUGUUCUUCCGCAAAUAUAGCAGUUUCUGGAAAUGCCGCUGGUCACGAAGAUGACUGGUUGAAUCUUGAAGGUCUUCCAAGACAGCCAAAGCCGCUCCCAGAGUCCUUCACGUGGAAGGGUUACGUUGCAUUCGCUGUUUCCACCGUCGUCGGUCUGUGGGGGCUGCUAACAAUAGUACAGUAUGGUAUCAGCGAAUCUGUUCAAGACGACGAGGCUAUAUACAACAACCUACAAAAUCUGUUAAAGGAUGCAGGGGAAACGAGCUAA